AUGGAGGAAAAUAAAAACAGUAAUCUUGGAAAAGAAAAGCAAUCCAGAUUAGUCGAGGAAGAGAAGAAUCAUCAUGAAUCAAAGACUAAUCCUGUUUCCAUGGAUGGAAAGCUGCUAGUGAAGCUGAAAUUUCCCAAAGGCGCCGAAGAAACUGAAGAGGGGCUGAGUGCUCAUGUUCAGGCAAGGGAGAACCUCAAGAAGCUAAAAUUCAAUAAGUCCGUCAAGUUUAAGAGAGAUGGAUCUAGUUCUGAUGCUGCUGCAAGAGAAACUAUUUGCUCAAUCUGUGGAAAAGAUUUUCCAUCAAGGAAGUCUUUGUUUGGACAUAUGAGAUGCCAUCCUGAUAGAGAGUGGAGGGGCAUGGAGCCUCCCAAAGAACAAGGAAAGAUCCCUCGUGAACAUCCUCAAUCUUUAUCUAUUCUUGAUGAUGAUGAUGAUGAGGAGGAGGAGGCAGAAGAAGAGGAGUCCUUGGAGACGAUAAUCAGGCUGAUUAUCAUCUGGUCGGUGAAGGGCAAGCGAGGCCGCGAAUGCCCUAGAGUUCUUCUGGAUACUUAUCCUUAUUGUGAGGAAGAAGAGCAGAAGAUACAGGAUGCUGUAGAUCAGCUAAUUAGCCUAGCUUACAAACAGAACAAACAUGAUGGUUCGUCGACCAGGAGAGGUCAAAUCAAGGAGGGUAGGAAUAGUGCUUCUGGCUUGAAAAAGAAAAGGGUUGAUGAUCCAGUCCAUCCAGCUAGAGUUAGAACGGAUUAUCCUGUGAAGAAACGACGAUUUAGUGAAAUAGACACAGAUUCUGAAGAAACCGUUGAUGGACUAUCGGACAAAGGUAAAAGAAAAGAUCCAAUGAAGCCUGAAUCGAGUGUUGAAAUAUCACCAAGUAGUCAAUCCAGGCAUACUGUAAUAGGUAAAAUAUCUGGUAGGAGCAAUCAUUUCUCAGCUCAUGAAUUGGAUAAGAUGGAACUUGAGAAGCAAAAUCAUUGUUUCUAUGAUGAUUGUAAGAAGGGUAAUGUGGGGGUCAAGAACAAGAGAAGGGGGCCAAAGACGACACCCAAGAAUUCAGAAACUGAAGUGGAACUUACCCCUCUAGAUCAGAAGCUGGAUGGUGAAGAGAGUACCCCAGAAAAGUUUAGGUGCAGCACUUGUGACAAGACUUUCUCGUCUCACCAGGCUCUUGGUGGUCAUAGGUCAAGUCACAACAAGUUCAAGGCAACGGUUCAGAACACUGCUGAUGGAUCUUCUCCGUUUCCUUUUGGACACGAAAAUCGUGCUAAUCUUGUCUCCCAAACUGCUGUUGAAAAUGAUGAAAUUAAAGGGGUAGAGGCUUCAAAGUUUGCAGAAAAUAUUCAUGAAUGCACACUCUGCAAGAAAACUUUCCCUUCCGGUCAAGCACUUGGGGGUCACAAGAGGUGCCACUGGCAAAGUUUAUCAAGCCAAGUUGCUUCUCCAGAAGCAGAAGAACCUCGCCCAUUGGUCAGAAAAGGUUUGCAAUUUGAUCUGAAUGAGCCAGCAGAAGAAGAAGAUGCAAAUGCAAGUGACUUGGGAAAUUCUAGUGGAUAUGCUUCUUGCUCCUAA